AUGAAAAUCCCUACAGCCAUGGAUGAUAGCUCCGUAUCUCAUCAUAACGGAGGGCAAGUGGGAUCUCAGAUAGGAGUUAGUGUAAAUAACAAACAAAAUGAAGAAUCUAGUCAAAGUGUCCAGUAUUCAAUACCGGGCGUUUUGCAUUUCAUCCAACAUGAAUGGGCGAGAUUUGAAGUCGAAAGAUCACAAUGGGAGGUGGACAGAGCAGAGUUUGAGGCACGGAUCGCCUUCCUCCAAGGUGAGAGGAAGGGUCAAGAGAAUCUAAAAAAUGAUUUGGUAAGGCGGAUCAAAAUGCUUGAGUAUGCACUUAAGCAGGAAAGAGCGAAAUUUCACAAGUUGAAAUAUGGAGUAGAUCUUCAGCAGGGCGACAUGCGUCCACCAACUGAAGAACCUACGCAGGAACCGGAGCCUUCGGAGCGAGCCCAAUGGAAGCAGGGUAGACAAUUGAUUAAACAGUACCUACAGGAAAUUGGUUACACAGAUACCAUCCUUGAUGUUCGUUCAAACAAAGUAAGAACUUUGCUUGGUUUAAACAAUGAGGAGCCGGCUGACGAUAGCAGCCACAGAAACUGUGACAAACAACAACACUAUUCUAUGAAUACUGCCUUAAAUCGUAAGAUGUAUGAAUAUGGUGGAAAAGAUCAACGCAAAGGAGCUCAGCAAGGCAGCGGUUAUAAUGAGGAAGGGAUGUCAGUUCAAGAGACGGCGGCUGUGUUUGCUAACUUUGAGUUUCUAUCUAAUCAGGAAAUGGAUAUGGAUGAAAUUGAUGACUUAGAUGCCAAACAAAUGCACCACACUACUACUAAGCAAGGUGAAGAUGUGGACCAAGAAGCAGAGGAUGUAUUAACUGAACUAAACCUGCUAACUGAGAGCGAGGCUGACGGAGGGCAAGGAGAUGAAUUCCCAACCGUGAAAUUCCCAGCCACAUCAGCGACAGUGGCUCGUGAGGGUGAUGGGAAGCCGCUUGCUCUGGGUGAGCUGGCACAGUUGACGGUCAGCAAUGAGUCUGAAGGUUAUGACGUGGCCAGCGCUAGCAAAGAGUCCUUCAGGAAGACUUGGAACGCUAAAUACAGUCUUCGUUCACACUUUGACGGGGUACGUGCCCUCGCCUUCCAUCCAACGCGGGCUGCUCUUGUCACAGCGUCCGAAGACCAUACUUUAAAGAUGUGGGACCUGCAGCGUACUGUCCCAGCUAAAAAGUCAGCCGGCUUGGAUGUGGAGCCUCUAUAUACGUUCAGAGCUCACACAGCGCCGGUGCUCUGCCUCGCUAUGGGCGCUCCACGCUCGGAGGAAUGUUUCUCAGGGGGUCUGGACGGAACCAUAAGAGUAUGGAACCUACCCCCACCCAUCGCUGACCCAUACGACUCAUAUGAUCCCGCUGUACUGGGUCCAGUACUCCGCGAGCACACGGAUGCUGUGUGGUCCUUGUCCUGUGCUGGUGGCCGGCUGUUGUCUUCAUCAGCGGACGGUACAGCCCGCCUGUGGUCUCCAAGAGACCCUCGGCCCCUGCUGGCUACACUCAGGGACGACGCCCCCGGCUCCACCUCGGCGCCCGCGGCCGCGGACUUCGCUGACGCCGCCUGCCGCGCCGCUGUCGUCUAUACUGACGGCACUCUUCUAUUAUACGACCUUGAAACUGGACAGGUUGUGUUGCGCGUGCCGUGCGACAGUCCCGCCAACCGCGUCCGCUCCCACCCGACCCUGCCGCUGCUGGUGACGGCUCACGAGGAUCGUCACAUCCGUUUUUGGGACGCUGUUUCCGGUCGCUGUGCGCACGCGAUGGUCGCGCACCUGGACGCGGUGACGGGCCUGGCGCUGGAUCCCAACGGUCUGUUCCUGCUGUCGGGUUCCCACGACUGUUCCGUGCGCCUGUGGAACCUGGACACCAAGACGUGCGUGCAGGAGAUCACCGCGCACAGGAAGAAGUUCGACGAGAGCAUCCUGGACGUGGCCUUCCACCCCCUCCGGCCGUACAUCGCCAGCGCCGGCGCCGACGGCCUCGCUAAAGUCUUCGUCUGA